CUCUGUAUACUUUCAUGUAACACUCCCUUUUAUGAAGCAUGUCACUGAAUAUUGCAGUAACCCUUCUCUUAGCUACUGGAGUCACUAUCUUAAUUUAUCUCAUUAAAUGGUGGAACAAAAUAAAACAAAAUAACCUACCUCCAGGACCUACACCUUUACCCUUGGUGGGGAACAUUUUGCAGAUCGGUACUUCUGAACUACCACACUCUUUAGUUAAGUUGGGUGAGAAGUAUGGACCUGUGUAUACCAUCUACCUUGCCAGUCAACGUGCACUCAUACUUAUUGGCUAUGAUGCGGUAAAGGAGGCGCUGGUCGACCACAGUGAUGUGUUCAGUAAUAGAGGGGAAGUCAAAUUAACAGAUCUGUUUUUUAAGGAUUACGGGGUUAUUAUGAGCAACGGAGAAAGAUGGAAGACAAUUAGUCGAUUUUCUCUUAUGACUUUGAGAAAUGUUGGAAUGGGUAAAAAGAGUAUUGAAGAGAGAAUUCAAGAAGAGGCCCGGUGUCUUACUGAGAGACUUAUGAGAACAAAAGGUAGGUGUUGAGCAAUAUAAAUAAGGCUAAUAAAAGUAUGUUGGGAGUUGUAAUUCUGAAAAAUCUGGAGCACCACAGGUUGGAGACUAGUGCUAUAGAGACAGGUUUAGCAAACAAAGUUGUAUGAAAAACCAAUGUGUGCUCGUAUUGUGGAAAUCCAAAUCUCUAGAAAACACGCUCUGUGUUGUAAAACCUGUUGGAUGAC